CAUAUCUGCGUGCACGACUCUCUCCUCCGCAGUGCACUGCUGGACAGCGCCGAGUGCGGAGUACAGGACAGGACAGGACAGGACAGGACCAUUCGCGCGCAUCAGCGAGAGCACGCGCUUUCGUACAGUCCUAAAGUCUCAAACACCAUCCACGCACGAGAGCAGCAGCCACAUGGAGCUAAAAUGAACUGUCGGACGGCUGAUCUUCACUUCACGCCUCACACUUACAGUUUUACAGUUUGAGAGGGAAGAGACAUCUCAGACAUGGACACCUUGGUGUGGAUCGUGAUUUGUGGAGCGUUGGGGCUGGUGUUUGGCUCUAAGCUGGAGCGAGCCGUGGACGAGGAGUGUGAGUCGGGGAGUUACACUCGCAGCGGUGAGUGCUGUUUGCAGUGUCCUCCAGGAGAGGGAGUGGUCAAGGAGUGCGGGGCCACCCAGACCGAGUGCAGUCAGUGCUUAGACAGUGAGACAUUCUCUGAAACGUUCAGUCACACAGAGAGAUGUCAGACGUGUAGAGAGUGCACAGGCCUCAUGCGUAUGCAGACCCCCUGCACCGACUCGAACGACGCUGUGUGUGAGUGCAACUACGGCUACUUCAUGAACGACCUGACUGGCCAGUGCGAGGCCUGCACUGUUUGUCCCCUCGGUCAGGGAGUUCUGUAUGGCUGCAAGCACUCCCAUGACACGGACUGUGAGGAGUGUCUGGAAGACACCUACUCUGAUCGGGAGAGCUCGCUGGACCCCUGCAUGCCUUGCACCAUCUGCGAGGAGGGGAUAGAGAUUCUCAUCAGGAAUUGCACACCCUAUGAAGAUGCAUGGUGUCAUGAUCCGUUGAGUCCUACCUAUCCCGCUUUCACUGAGUACUCUAGUUCACUUGACACUGAUCCGAACCGUUUGUGGAGCCCCAGCCCUGGAGACGACAACACCACACCCAAACCCAGAUCUCCUCACUUUAUUAGUAAAAGGCUAAACGAGAACCUGAUUCCCAUCUACUGCUCCAUCCUGGCAGCGGUCGUGGUCGGCCUCCUGGCUUACAUCAUCUUUAAGAGGUGGAACAGCUGCAAGCAGAAUAAACAGGCAGCUAAUAAUCGUGCAGCCACAGCCAAUCAGACACCGUCUCCAGAGGGAGAGAAGCUGCACAGUGACAGUGGCAUCUCAGUGGACAGCCAGAGUCUGCAGGAGCAGCAAGCGCAGACGCAGACGCAGACACAGAUCGUGGUGAGAGUGGAUGGGGGGGGCUCAGCCUGACUUUCCCCAACCUCAGGGCUAACCAGUGAAGAAGAGGAAGUCGCGUUAUCAAUAUAACAAUACAGAGGAGAGGAGAUAUUGGGGAAGGAAACAAUGCAGGAGUGAAGCCAUGACAGGCAUCCGGCAAGGGACGCCGUUACUUAAAUGAUCAGACCUUUGAUCCUUUUGAACCUAGCACAGACAAUACGUUGUUAAAUGGUUCAACAGCACCACAUCAAUGGAUCCACAUCAACGUUCAGACUCACCGGCCUAAAGUAGCUAUUUCUAAACACAAGCCUAUUACCCGUAAGAAAGUUCACUAUAAUGUAUACCGAAACCCACCACAAACUUUGAUGAAUGUUUAACAUAUACUGGGUUUCUCAGAUGUAUUAAUGUGACCUUGUGACACAAACUCUGGAUGUCUUUGGCUUCAUAAGAGAACAUAAAGAGAUGGCCAUCUCAGGCUUCAUGGAUAUCGCAUAUCGAUUUAGCAGCAGCACCAUGGUUCCUCUACCUGGAGCCUUCUGCCUGAUCUAAUAAGGAUUUUGUUUUUGCCUUAUCUUUGAAGUAUUCAUAGAUUUUGUCUACAACAUCAAGGCCCUUUAUUUAGUCAUAAUUGUAUUUGUACCCAUUUUCAUUCAGCCAUUUCCAGGUGUGUUAAAACUUCGACGGAGACGCAUUCCAGUCACCGUCCUGUUUCAAAGCAGCUGAUCGCAGGUCAGCGUUUAUGGGUAACAACUCACGACUGUCUGUGACAUUUGUUGACCUUUACUAAUGUAAUGACUCAGAUCUAUACUUAGCUCGCCUUUCCUUUUCUCUCUUUCACACUCUCCGUGACAGCCUUUUCUCUAAAAAAACACACGCAUAGCGUGUCAUAUUCCCUGCUUCCUCUAGUUAUUGCAGUUUAGGUUUCAUUGCCUAGAUGCUCUCGCCUUUCCUCCUCGGAAAUCUGAGUCACAAUGCAAACAGAAACCAGAACUAAAAGAGCUACAGAACUAUUUUCAAGCCAUCGUGUACUCUUAGAAACAACCACCAGGUUAAUGUCCUACCAUUAGUUCAGCCAUAUCUUUUUUCAGAUUUGAUAGGAAUGUCUGGAUAUUUAGUGAUGAUUCAGAUUUAACAGCCCGGGUUUCUUAAAAUUUUAAAAAUUAAUGAUUCUUUAAGUACUUUUGAGGAAACCUCAUCCACCGCCUCAAUCAUUUGUCUUAACUAUUUACUAAAAAAGAAUACUAAACAAAAAACAUAUUUUGCUAGUAUAUUUUAAAGUUGUUUUAAGUUGUAUACUCCAAAUGUGUAUCUUUAACUACAUAUGAAUAACCAGUCAGUAACCUCACUGACUUAAGUCUUACAAGCCUUAAAUAAACAAGCCAAUAUUAACGUUUUAUUUUAAAAGGUUGUUCCUUGACCAUUUAUAUGCCUUCCAGAGAAAAUUAUCUGAUGUGUUGCCAAUACUAGGAUUUCCCCAUCAUAUUUUCAAGUUGCUUGCCUUAAGGUUCAUAAAAGUUUCUCUUUUUUUCUUGCUCAGACUCCACAAUCAUUGACGCUUACUGUAGCUCUUGAUGAGUCAUCCUGUCUAAGUUUUCCUUGUCUUUGUCGCUACAUUUGUCACUCUUUCUUUUCCACUCUCUAUCUUGGCUACUUGAUUCAUUCCAUAAAUGCUGAUGCAGAUUCAGAUGCCAUAAUGUGGUUUUGAAUUACACAACCAUCCCAGCACUCAUGUGCUGGAAGCAGUCAUGACUAAGGGGGAAUAAGAAGUGCUUUAACAUUAUUAUAUCACCUUUAAAGUAAAAAGUAAUGGUCUAAUGAAACAAAAUAAAAACAGACAUUUGUUUCUCAUCCAGUGAGCAACCCAUCCAAUGGGAUAUUGCACUCAUAAAUAGAUGGGACCUAAUACAGAUAUUCCAUAGUGCGCGCACACACACACACACACACACAGUAUCUAAUGGACUGUCUUCCGUUGCAUUUCUAAUGCGCUCACCAUCAGGCUCUGGAAUAAACAUGAGAGGCAUUAGUGAGACAUUCCUGUCAGGCAGGUCGUAAUUACCCCUGAAGCUUUCCGUUUCUCUUCCCCACUGUCAGUUCAUUCUCCUGGGGCUCUGUUCAGCUCAGCUUCCCUUCCCUGGAGCUCUGCCUCUCCAUUCUCAACUUUUCUGCUCUCAGUUCCACUAAUCACCGAUGAAUCUAAAGGAAAUCACUCUUUAAUACAACAAAAUUCCCUCAAAAAUCCAUCUAAAGCAGGUAGCAGUAUUUUGCACCAUUUCAGCUGAUCUAAACUGGUUAUUAGCUGGUUGACCUACCACUAUUGUUCAAAAGCCAGCUUGACCACCUUAAACUGGUAUGAUUAGCUGGAAGUUUUUUGGGUUUUUUUUUCUUUUUUUGGUGGCUUGCCAGCUAACAAUUUAAGAUGGACUUUCCAGCAGGGUGAUUAUUCCAGUACUCAAUGCUAGUCACAGACUGGUUUGAACUAUUACACUCUAAUUCAGUUCCUCCUUGAAGUAAUGCAUAACCUUAAAGUUUGAUAUAAGAGUCGGUGGAACAUCUCUGCCUCCUGCUUUUUUGGCAGGCAGGUUGUCUGCUCCAUCACCUUUUAUACGGCUUUAGUUUCAUGCAUCUCCCCAGGCGCUGUACUUUCCAUUAAAUCAGGCAGCGAAGCAUAUCCAUUGGCUUCUGGAGUUGCUUGCGUAUUAGUGUUUAAUGCACAUCAGGGGUUUAACACUCAUCGAUGUUUGUUCUGAUAUUAGCCUACUCGAGAGAAUCUGAUGAGAUCAAGAUAAGAUAUCUUGGUCUGUGUGUGGGAAUGCGCCGAGAAAAGAAUGGGUUGUGUAGAAAUCUGAGCGAUUGAUGCCCCUCAUGGGAUGGUGGUGGGAUGUAUUAUAUGUUGAAAAUAUGGCUAUAUUUUCAUAGAUUGUUAAAAAGAUUUGUUGUCCUAAAGUGUUCUGAGAAUUUACAUAUGAGGUAGAGCCAUUUACCAUGUGUUUCACAUAUAACCCAGACGACUUCAUUGGCAUCUACAGGCCGUCUAUGCAUCAGUCAGUAAGCAUUUUAAAACAAUUGAAGUAAACAAGUGGAUUGAUUCUUGAUUCAGUUCCCUAGAAUGUGCCAAAAGUUGCCAUAAAUAAAACACCUCCACACAAAAAUGGUUAUAAAUCUCCAUUUGUCAGCUAGAAAUUGUAUCAGAGGAAAACAAAACUCAUAUUUGCCAUAUAUUCGCAUAAAAAAAAAUCCAUCCUUAUUUCUACUUCAGUCAUUAUUUUAUUUUAUUUUUUUAUAAAACUUUUUGUUUUAAAUUUCAAAUAGAUGUAUUCUUUGAGAGCAGUAUUUUAUAGAGACAGUUUACCUUUGUAGCACUUAAAACAGAAUGAAUUUGAACACUCAAAGAGUCAAUCACCAGAAAGUGCCUGUGGACUCUGUCAGGUGUCUUUGAGUAAUGUUCAACAAGCUUGAUUUUGUCUAUUAUGUUUGUUUAUCUAUUUCGCUUGUGUGUUCUGUGUUAAUUGAAUGUGAUAGGUUUUUUUUGUGCCUUUUUUCUUUAGUUAUAAGAAAAUGUUGAUGAAGAUUACAAAACAGUACAUCAUUAUCCAGCUAAAAUACAAUACAUCCAGGUGAAUUCAUCCAAAAGCACCGAAUUUAAUUUACAUCAGACCAGUCUAUGCACUCAACUCAGCGCAACCUAUUUUUCAAAACCUUUAGCUCUUCAUCCCUAAGCCUAAAACAUGACAAUAUAAAUAUGUUGAUAUGAAAAGGGAUUGUACAAUAACUAUUAGAUUAAAUAGAGACUAUUGUAUAUCACAUUUAAGAGACUCAACUUAGGAUGUUAGGAAGAACCUCCACAUGAUGCUCUAGAAAAUCAAUUCCCCUGUUCGGCCUAUCCCCCUAAUAGAGCUGAAUGUUUUCUGUAUGUAAUCUGUACAAUGCAUUGUGUAAAUUGUUUCCUGGAGUUAUGACAGUACACUUAUAUAAACAAGAAAUGAAAGCAUUAGAAUUCUAUUAAAUAAAAAACAAAUAUGACUGCUA